CUCAUUAUUUGAAAUCUCAUAGACUUUGCUCAAACCUUCCUUACUUCGGAAGUAAGUUUAUUGAUUAUUGCCACUUUCCAAUCAGUAUCUUGAUUAACCAUUUCAGCUCUUAUGUUAAAUUUAUUCUUUGUAUUUCUGUGCCAUGCAAAAACGUUAACCCUCAUUCAUCCAAUUUUGGACAAAACAAAUCAUCAAAAUGUAUCCAACUCAAAGGAUUUAUCAAGAAGGAUUGGAAUCAAAUGAUGACCUACAGCUUGGUAUUUAAGUUGACUAACAAUUUGUUUAAUCAUACCCAAGGUUGAUUGGUGCAUCAUCAAAUGUCAAAAUCACCAACAGUCAUGUUAACAGCUGCUUUACUAGUCCUCAUCUUUCCAAUAGCCUUAUCUUUUUGGGUUAUCACUUUGCUGGCCUCAGAGAGGAGUAAUGCUGACUUGCCCUCUCCAAUAAGAUGGCUUUUUUCAUUCUUGAUACCUUUGUUGUCAGUCAUGCAUGGCUAUCUGAGAAAACAUCUCGACUGGACCGGAGUUAUUAUUGCCUUCAUCAUUAGUUUCAUCUUAACAUUGAGUAAUUACUGUUUCAUUGUGAGCUUGUUUACGUUUUUUUUCACCUCAUUCAAAGUAACCCAGUACAAGAAUCACUUGAAAAGGAAAAUACUGCCAAAUCAAGAUGAAAGACGUAACUGGCUUCAAGUUAUGUGUAAUGCUGGAGUUGCCUCGCAAUUUGCCAUUAUUUUCAUGCUGGAACGAGGUAUAGCCAAUGAAAACCCAAUCAAUUUCAAGUUUGAUUAUUACUCAUCCUGGUUUGCCAUGGGAGUUUUAGGAAGUAUCGCUUGUAAUAAUGGGGACACAUGGGGAUCUGAAUUGAGUCUUGCUCUGACUCGCGGUAAUCCAAGACUGAUCACUAAUUUUCGGAAAGUUCCAAGAGGAACCAAUGGCGGUGUAACAUUGGUCGGACUUAUAUUCUCAGGGCUUGGUGGUCUGGUUAUUGGAUUGUCUUAUUAUUUAACUCUUAUACUUUGUGCUAAUCGUGAUGUUCUAGCUAUUAGUCCUCCUCAAUGGCCAAUAAUUAUGGUCGGGUGCCUAGCUGGUCUAGUAGGCUCCAUUGUCGAUUCAAUUCUAGGAGCAACCCUGCAAUUCUCUGGUUUUAAUCGGGAAACUGGUAAAAUGGUUGAAGCUCCUGGUGAAAACGUUGAAUGGAUCAGUGGUAUCCGGUUUUUAGACAACCAUUCAAUCAAUCUGUUCUCAUCUCUUAUAAUGGCUCUUCUUACACCAAGGAUCUCUCAAUUAUUCUGGUCAUGAUAUUUGAUACCAAACGUUUCCAGAUUAAAAUGAAACUCACUCAAAAUCUUUCAGCCAAAUGAAACUAAGCGAUUUUUGAGCUCGCUCUAUUCGAUCGUUUUUCUAUUAAGUCGUAAUCAACUGGUGGAUCAUCAAUUCUGCCAACUCUACUAGUGUAACACAAAGAAACUCCUUAUAACUAUCAUGAUUCAGCAAUCAACUCAUGUUUUUCUUGUAUUGCUUGGUGAUUUCUGGUAGUCUCUCCGCAAUGAAAAUCAAACUUAAACUGCCUUGAACGACACACAAUGAAAUGUGAAUAUCUUGAUGAAUCUUGUUUUUCUUGUUCUGUUAUUACUGCAAAUAUGUUUUAUUUACAAUCGGCUUUGUCAAAUAUCAACUGAGCUUAACUUAAAGAUGAAUCAAAACGCUGAUCAACGCAAAAAGAUUACAGCACCCAGUGGCAGGAUAAGCCAUUGAAUUGUGCUGCGAUACAGCAAAUAUAUUUAAGUUUUCCUUCUCAUAUCACUUCUGUGAUUUUUAGUAUUUAAUAAUUUUGAAAAGUCAACUCUUUUUAUGGAUUGCAUACAUCAAAUUUUAAUUUUCUACCAAAUGUUCAA